CGACGACAACUCGAACCGUACUUUUUACAAUUCACCCAAGCCAACCACGCCAAAGCUUGUAGUGAGUAAUUCUUGGAUUAUCCUACCGUUACUUUAUUUCUCCCUUCCGCUUUCUUUCUAUUUUCCUAUUUCUCUUGACUAGGUUGCAUUUGCAACAUUUAUUUCGAGAUGCCGCGCCGCAAAGCAGUCGCUGCUGUCGAGAAAGACAAAGAGGUCAGAGUCACCAGAACUACUAGAAGCAGGGCCGCACAAGCUGCCCAGCAAGCACCCCCUUCUCCUCCCCCCCCUCCUCCCCCCCCUCCUCCGCCACCACCAGCGCCCCGUGGAAGGACGGCUACAAAAUCAGCUAGCAGGAAGAGAAAGUCGAGUGUCUCCUCCGAUGAAGAUGAUGGACUUGCAAUUAAGAAGGCGAAUACCCGGACCUCCUCUUCGCCAGCUCCACCCGUAAGCAGAGGGAGAAAGGCCGCGAUUAAAAAUGCCCGUGGUCGUCGUAAGGUUAUUGCAUCCCCUACGGUUUCUGGUUCUAACGCUUUGGGAGGUGAAGACAUGGAUGUCGAUGAAUCGGAAAAUGUGGAAGAGCCUCCUGUUGGGGCGGAAGACGAAUCCGGCGAACAUUUACCAAUGGGGGAGGGUCGGGAGAACGUUGAAAUUGAGGCCGAGGUGAAGAAGCCGAGGAAAGGUAGAAAAGCACCAGCCAAGAAGCGUGGUGUGCAGAAGAAGGUAGCAGUCCCGGACUCUGGUAUCCGUAAAGGGAGGAAACCGGGGCGGAAGUUUGACGGGCCGCAGAUUGAAGUUGAACCCGAAAUGUCAGCCACCGAUGCCGAUGACGGAGAAGCCUCUGCUGUCACUUCCAGCAUGCAUAUUGAGCGUAAGACAGACACACCGCCUAGUUCAUUCCUGGUCCAAGAAGGUUCCGGUGCAGCAACCGAAGGUGUCAAGGUACCGGUUGAAGAACCAGAGAAGCUUAAGAAAGCACCCGCUAGAAAACGUGGAGCCAAGAAGAUGGAAGUUGCAAGUGAGCCAGCUGAGCCAAAGGUCGAGGCGAACGAGGAGACAACAGUUACCAAUGUCGAAAAGCCUAAGGCGAAGCGGGGGCGUAAACCGGGUCAGAAAGCGGCUAAGAAGGGUGGGAAGAAGGAACCUGCUGUCAGAGCGGAUGCCGGGGAAGAUACCUCUAUUGAAGAGCGGAAUAUCGAGGGAGGUAAUAUCCAGGAAGGUGGUUUGGAAGAAGUAAACCCAGAGGGAACCGUCGCGGAAAACAACGCCAUCUUGGGAGCCGGUGUUCAAGUGGAAGAGGGUGUGGAGAUCAGGAUUGAAGAGGCACCUGCCGAUCAAGUAUCUGUCGAGGAAACCAUCACUAAUGCUAACACUGAUAUCGAAGUAACCAAGGUUGGAGAGGCGAAUGUCGAAGAGCCGGGAGCUGACGCAGCAGUGGCCGGGGAAGCUAUCGUUGAAAAGAGUGUUGUUAAUGUUGCCGCCUCUGACGAAACCGCUUCCCGAGAGCUCGCUGUCGAAAGUACCACUUUCGAUAAGGCACCCGAGAUCGAAGUACCUAUAGUUGAAGAGGAAGCCAAGACUGAAGUAGAGGCUGAUGAGGCGGAGGCUCUGGGGUCGAAGGUUGUGCUAGCGGAGACCAAGGAUGUGGUAAUUGAAGAGUCUGUUGUCGAAGAAUCCGCCCUCGAACAUGUCGUUCUUGAAGAUGCCAUCGUUGAUAAGUCCAUCGAGGUUGAGGCGACCCGGGCCGAAGAAGCGCAGAUGGUGGAGACAAUGGUUGAGGUCGUUUCUGUUGAAGGGGUCGGCGCUAGGGGCUCGGGUACCGAGAAAGCUAUCGUAGAGGAUACGACCUUGGGGCCGAAGGCUGUGGAAGCUGAGGUUUGUGAGGCCGUUAAGGAAGAAGUGACUGUUCAACAGCCGACCGGACCUGAUGCCGGUAAUACAAUGGAGGACAUGGUUGAUGAUACCACUGUAUCUACAGGUAUUUUGGCUGGGCCGACCAACGAUGAGACUAAUACAACUGCGGGCAUCGCAGUAGAGCCCAUGGGCGAUGACACCGUUGACAGCAUCGCCAUGGGGGAGAUGGAGGGCGAUUUCCCUGAGAGUGAGAUUCGUGGAGAUGAGGAGGGGCAGUUGAGUGCCGAAGGGAGCACUACGAACCCUGUGAAGUCUUCGCCCAGUGUGGCAGAUGCUGCAGGUAAUGAUAUCGGGGCUGGGAUCGGAGAUAGAUUCCAUGCACUCUCCUCAUUGAAGCGUAAGGCCAAGGGAAGGCUCUCCGAGCCUGCUAGGGGAAAGGAAACGGAUUUUGCAGAGAUGGAUGCGAAUCACAAGCGGCGGAGUACAGGUGGAGGGCUACCUCUACCAAAGCGCCGGAGAGUGACUCCUCCGCCUAUGCAGCCGCCAUCUACACCCGCGGCAAUCUCACCCUCUCCGCGGAAGGUAGCGUCACCGGGUGCUGAGGGCACACCAAGAUCAACUGGUCCUUUAACUACCCCAGUGAAGCCGCUGGGGCCAUUUCUAAUGCCGCCAACCACACCUGAGGCGGUGGCUGGUAUCGGGAGGAGCCCAACUAAGGGAUCAGUUCCUCUGAAUUUAGUGUGUAAGUCUUACUCCCACUUUCAACGAUUGUCUUUUUUUUUCAUUUUUUUUUCUGACUAA